AUGGACGGUUUCGGGUUCGUCUGGGUGCAAGUGGGCCUCAGUGCGGACCGGUGUGGACUUGUCUGGGUGCAAGUGGGCCUCAGUACAAGUGGUGAGGAUCUCCAGUGUUGCGGCCUUGCGAGGUCGGGUUUUGUGGUCUUUGUGACGUUUGUUUUGGGAUUCGAGGACGAAUCCAGUUUAGUGGGGAGAAUUGUAACAUCCGCCCGGUUUAGGGCGGAAACCCUUGGGUCUUGGAUAAAAGUCGCGCAGCCGCUCCUCUUCUCUGGGUUUUUGUCGUUUUGUGGCGAUUUUGGAGAGGAGAAGAGAUUGAGGCGAUUUGGGGUGUUGAUCGAUCGAUUCGAGGCUGGUUCGUCGUGUUUGGAGCCUGCGUCGUCGUUGGUGGCUGCUGCGUCGUGUUCUUCGUGUUCUUCAUCUCAUCUUUGA